AUGAAGCAUCCUACUGCGCAGAAAGAGCCGCGUCCGGAGAAAGCUCAAAAGUCGAAGAAACGAACAGCUGACGGAAGCAAUGCAGAAACGAAACCAGCAGAACCCAAAGCCACUCAGCCCGAACAAACCAAGCUGUUAAUUCGAAUUCGUGAUAUUUUGAAGAAGUUACCCCGGGAUGUGCGGAGUGAUGUGAUCACCAAGCAAUUCUCUCAGAAACAGCGCCUCAUUCUGGAGAAAUGGAUGGUUGACAUGUCCUCAGCUCAGGGAAUUUGCUUUGAUGCGGUUGAGAUACACACCAAACCAUGCGAUUUCCAGACCGGUCUCGAGUACUUGGUGGUCCUGACUGCUGUGAAGCAGAAAAUGCGAGAUCCCCAAACCAUGCAUGUUUGCUUUGAGCAACGUCUGCAAAAAGCCUUGGUGUCGUCAGCUAAAGAGCAUAGGGGGGACUCAGAAGAGCUCAAACUUGACUUUUGCGUGAUACACUCUGCGCGUUUCUUCAUUGGAGCGGAAUUACGAACCCCAAAGGUGCACACUGUUGAGCAGCUGGGGAAAACGCGCAGACUACUGGAACCAUUUCGUAAAUACCAGUAUGCCAAGGGCGGAGGCAGGAGAAACAAUUUUUGGCACUACAGCCCAGUCCAUCUCCAAGAUGCGUGGGGGCGGUUCAAAAAGGCAGUUGCUGAGGUCCUACAACAUCUCUAUGCGCUGGUGGUGGAAAGACCCCUGCCUGCCUUUCAAGGCUUACCGGAGGCCUUCAAUGAUCUAUCUGUGAUGACUUUUCCACCCUCUGCGAAUGCAAAAAGGUGUUCGCUGCAAACCCUCGGUUUGUUGUGCCGCUCGUUGCUGCCCUGCAAGGUGACCAAGGCCUGGUCGUCUCGACUUCGUUGCAGCUUGAGACCGACUGCUUUGUUCCCUCGCGUGCUGAACGCGAGAUUUGCCAGCGAGGAGGCCAGAGAAGUAUCUCAGGAGAAAGCCUUUGAAGUUGUGAACGUGGAAGGCCAUGGUCUCAGUGCACGUGCCACUCGAGACCUAAAGUUGGGCGAUGUGGUGCUUCUGGAAGAACCGGUGCUGGUCGUCACCAGCAACGACAAAGGCGACGAAUGGAAGGAGCAGCUCUACAGCAAGUACCAGGCCUUGCCAGAGGAGAAGCAGCAAGAGGUUUGGAAUCUGCAUGAUGCGUGUUUGCAGAAACGAGAGAAGUCUCUGGAAGGCAUUCUUUUUACAAACUGCAUUGGGCGUGAUCAGCGCGUGAGGUUUGACGCUGCGCUAUGUUUGGAGUUGAGCCGCUUCAACCACUCGUGCAGCCCCAACCUGGAGCAGAGUUGGGACCAAGAGGCUGGUCAGGUCAGGCUAGUGGCUGCGGAGCCAGUGAAAGCUGGAGAGGAGCUGUUCACUCAUUAUGUGGAGCUGCGACUUCAUAGAGAGGAGAGAAGACAGCAACUCCAUGAGAACUACGGUUUCUGGUGCGACUGCAAAGCCUGCUCGGAGCCCAGUGAGGGAAGCGACCGGCGAAGGACAGAGAUGAAGCGUUUAGAUGACUCCAUCCGAGUGGAUCAGCAAGAUCGUCUCAAGAAUAUGGAUCGGGGUGAGCGCUCCGUGAAGCGGGUCCUGAAACUCUUUGAUCAGGAGGGUCUCCACUUGUUGACCUGGCGGAAGUUGCACUGCCUCUCUGGUAUGGAAUUUGCGCUGCGGAGAGGUGAUGUCACAGCUAGCAUUCGCUGGGCCCGGAAAGGCUAUGAAAAUGCAAAGCUGGCUCACGGUGAACAUCACCGAGAUACGAUGUAUCUGGCCGCACUCAUGAAGGACCCAAGCAGCCACCCUGACUUCGAGUAUCGCACGGAGAGUGCCAAGAAUUGGGGAACUUGGGUGGUUGCAAUGUGCGUUCUUUUUGUGAUCCUUACCGUCGCCUAUGUUUGA